GUCUUCAGAAAUAGGGAAAUGUAACAAAAAUUCUGUAGCAGCUGUUACUGAAUUUAGUUUUAUGCUCCAUUUGGUUGUUUUUUAAUCCAAUGAGUCUGAAGCCACACUAGCAGCUCUCGGAGGACGUGCAUACAGGAUAGGCAAUGUUUUUGUAGAAUGCUAACGGUUAAACGGCUAACAUGCUAAUGAUUAGCAUAUGGGAUUUUCCCAGGAAAUCCUUCAUUGUUCACUAAAAGUUGCUUAUACCCCCAUGUGACUGUCAAGAUGUCGGAAGUUGAAAGUAUGAAACUUUGCCUAACAUGAAGUGAAAAGAAUUAAGUUACUCCUGUAAUUUAUUGGCAAAGAUUCAUUUUUGUUGUAGUUUUGCACCCGUAUACCACCGCAGGGGAUUUUAAAUCAAAGAAUCAAGAUGUGACUGACUUGCAGACUGUCACCUUUAAUUCAAGGAAUUUUACAAAACUUUCCUAAUUAACAGACAUUUUUAUAAACAGUUCCCCAUUUUAAGAGGCUAAAAAAACAACUGAAUAAUUGACUGACUUUGUCUAGUGGAUUGAAAUAAAGUAUUUCAUUAAAGACAGAUCGAUUUUUUCCACAGCAGGCUUAGUGUUGGAGUACAGAAUAAAUUAUAAAAAUAAAUUUCAAAUAGGCUUAGUCUACAUGUGCAUUUCGUCUAAAUUCAGCAAGUAGGCUACAAAUAGGUGCUCUGUUUAAGAUAAUAGAUUUCUUCUAGUAGAACAACAACAGUUGUUGUAAAAUUGUUUGCAAACAGUGGGAAAAAAUCAAGUUGUUAAGUUACAUCUAAUAGAUGUUUCUUACUGAUCACCAGGGAAACACAGACAUUUGACACUAAUGAAUUACUGUAGACCCUCCUACUACUCAUGCACAGAGGCCAGCUGUAGUAUCAGUAUUCUCUGAAAAACUGAAUCAGUAUAUGGUGACUGAAUAAUCCAUACCUGUUGAUCUCUAAUCUAGAUUUGCAGCAUAAAUUACCAUGGUCUUGAACACCAUGGUGUCUAACACUGAGCUACCUUUGUAGUACAAAAAACCCAAGGUUAACCUUGAAGUUACCUGAAUAGGUCCACAAUCAAGAGACUCAUAAAUGUAACUGCAGAGUGAAUACAAUGUGAUGCAAACCACUGGUCACAUCCAAGAACAUUAAAUACAGAAUUUGCCUGAAAACAACUACAAGAGCCUGAUCAGUUCUGAUAGAAACAAAAUUCUUUAGACAGAUGAAACCAAGAUUAACUAAGAAUAAUGGGAAAACUGGAUUUUCUUCAGUGGCCUAGUCAACCACCUGGUUGGCAGUUAGGAAAGUCAAAACUGAAGGCAGAAAGACCCCAAAACAGGGAGCAACUGAAGGUGGCUGCAGUAAAGACCUAAAGCAGCACAUGAUGAUGUUCACGGGGUCCAGACAAGCUCCAAGUCUGCACUUCAAUCACAUUUGUGGCGCUAGUGAGGCAAAAACGAGAAAAAUUAAAAAAAAAAAAAAAAAAAAAAUUAAGGAGCUACCUGUAUUUUAUCUUUUAAAGCAUGCUGUCUUAAUUAAACUUGCUAAAUAAGAAAUUCCAUUUGGUGGCUUUAAUCAUACUUGUGCGCUCCUAAUAGAUCUAGUGUACCUAUUUAAGCUAUAUAAAAGCCCAGUAUUGGAUCAAUUUAAAACUUCCAUCCCAAAGCAACCAAAGAUAUCAAAUAGAAUUUAGAUUACUGUUUUUAUGGAAAUGCGAGACUUUAAAAAAAAAGACUGUCUGUCAUUGCAGCAAGUAAUCAAACAGUGGGAAAGGAAGGUGCGGUCGUCCUCAAGCCUGGAUGAGCUGCUAAGACUCGCAGACUUUCCUGACUGGAAACUGUGGAAGUGUCGACUUAGACUACAGCAGCCAGAGACCCAGCCAGAGACCCUCACUUCUCCUCUCUCAGUGGGGUCACACCGUUCCACACGCUUUGCUGCUGAGUCCUACAGCUUGGAGAUUCUUACAGCCAUAGACGAAGAGUGGCAGCGUACACAGUGCAUGCCCAGGGAAACAUGUGUUGACGUGGCUAAGGAGCUGGGCACCGACCACUCAGUGUUCUUCAAACCACCUUGUGUGUCUGUCCACAGAUGUAGUGGCUGCUGCAAUCAAGAGGGCGUCACCUGCAGAAACACAACUACUGAAUAUGUCAAUAAAACUGUCCUCAGUGUAAUCCCAUUCAAGUUUGUACCAGAACCUGUGCUAGUAAAAGUUGCAAACCAUACAGAGUGCAAGUGUUUGGAGCCUGCAAUAAUACGACGUAACGCUCAACCUCACAGGGGCAAUGGCUGUGCUUUGGGCCAGCUGUCACAGGCAGAGGACUCCAAGAGACUGUGUGCCAGUGGAUUCAUUUGGGACUGUUCAUCUGAAAGAUGCAUACCUUACCCUUCCAGUACACCAGAGCUUCCGCUCAGUCCGUGGAUGCCAGAUUGUGAGAUAGACGUGGAACGUUGUGACUGUCUUCCUAGAACUGAGCCAACACUCCAGUCAAGAACCACCCAUCGCUGUCAAGUGAACUCCUCUAUCUGUGCCCACAAGCAUCAACGCUUUGACGAGGCAUCAUGCAGAUGCAGAUGGCCCAAGUAGACGCCCACUGUGGAAUAAACGACCUGGCCUCCAAGGAUGUUUGGAGGCAGAAAAAAAAAAAAGCGUUGUAAUUUAUUUACAGUCCUAUUUAUGCAGAUCACUUUAACUAAUUAUAUUAGCUCACAUGACCAUGUUAAUUGAUGUUUAACAUGCUUAAUUUUGUUUUAAUCAAUGUGUAAAAUGGAAGAUUUGUACAUUUGUUUUAUGCACUGAAUAGUUUAUAUUAAAAGACUAUUUUUAUAAUAUGAA